GCGCCAGAAUUCGCGUCUCUGGAACGACGCGCGCUGACCCUUGUCGGUCACCAUCCUUUCCGUUUCUGAGGGUCUGGGAGAGGCUGAGGUGGGACUCGGGGGGUUCUGUGGACACAGAGGCAAAGUGUUUAGAGACGUGGUACCGUGGUUUUCUCCAGUGGUGAAGAGCGAGGCCAUCGCCAGGUUCUAGUCCAGGGGAACAAGGCAUUAUUGGUCCUAGAAGAAGGAGGAGGUUCCAGGCCUGGGAGAUCAUCAUUUCUGGCAGCAGCCUGACCUGAGAUACCUUGACCGUAUCUUCUGGGCAGGCCCAGAGCAGACAGAACACAGAGCAUAUCCUGGAGUUUCUAGCCCUUUUUAAGAACAGGAGAAAAUGACCAAGGCCCAGGCACUGUUAUCAUUUGAGGACGUGGCCGUGAGCUUCUCCCGGGAGGAGUGGCGGCUCCUGGUCCCUGCCCAGAAGGACCUGUACCGGGACGUGAUGCUGGAGAACUACAGGAACCUGGUGUCAGUGGGAUACCAAGCCAGCGAACCAGAUUCACUCUUCCAGUUGGAGCAUGGAGGACCACUGUGGGUAGUAGAGGGAGCAGCUCCGAGGCCACCCUGUCCAGAAGAAAUAUGGGAGAUUGACCAUAUGCAGUGGCACCCAGAAAACCAAAACGAGAUUAAAACUUUGGAAAGAUGUCAGCAAAAUUAUGCACUUGGAAAUAAUUUCAAUUUAUGCAAAAGUCUUGUUCCUUUAACACAAAGACACAAUAAAUUUGGUUCACAUUGUAAAGGCUUAAAAUCACAUUUAGGUUUUGUUCUCCAGAAUAGAAGAUAUGCAGGAGAAGAUCCUGAUGAGUUUAGUGGAUAUGGGAAAUCCUCUGUCUGCAUCCAACAGGAUACAACUCUUACUGGAAUUAAAUGCACUAAAUCACAGCUCGGUGAACAUCAAAAAACUUACGCAGAAGAGAAACCACAUGAAUGCAGUGAGUGCGGUAAGGUCUUCUCCAGGAAGGCACAGCUCAUUAGACAUCAGAGAACUGAAAGGGGAGAAAAGCCCCAUGGAUGCAGUGAAUGUGGGAAGACAUUCAUGAGGAAGAUUCAGCUCACUGAACACCAGAGAAUUCAUACUGGAGAGAAGCCCCAUGAAUGUAAUGAAUGUGGAAAAGCGUUCUCUAGGAAGUCACAGCUUAUGGUACAUCAGAGAACCCACACAGGAGAGAAACCCUAUGGAUGCAGUGAAUGUGGAAAAGCCUUCAGCAGGAAGUGCCGGCUCAAUAGACACCAGCGAUCUCACACUGGAGAGAAACUCUAUGGAUGCAGCGUGUGUGGGAAGGCCUUUUCCCAGAAGGCAUACCUCAUUGCACAUCAGAGACUUCACACAGGAGAGAAGCCUUACGAGUGCAGUGAAUGUGGAAGAACUUUCUUUUUUAAGUCAGACCUGACCAAGCAUCAGAGAAUUCAUACAGGAGAGAAACCUUAUGAAUGCAGUGAGUGCGAAAAAGCCUUCAGGAGCAAGUCAAAGCUCAUUCAGCAUCAGCGAACUCAUACUGGAGAGAGGCCGUAUGCAUGCAGUGAAUGUGGCAAAGCCUUUGCCCACAUGUCAGUCCUCAUGAAACAUAAGAAAACUCAUGCAAGAGAGAAAACUAUAAAUUCACUGAAAGUGGAGAAACCUUCCUCAGGGAGUCAUAGCUCUUUAUACGUGAGUCAACUUGCCCAGGAGCAAAACCAGAUGAACACGGUGCCUGUGGAAAUACCUUCUUCGAGAACUCAGCCCUUGUUAAACCUCAGUGAGCUCCUUGGGGGUAGAAAUGUAGUGUUUGUGGAACAGUCUUUUCUAAGAAGUCAGGCCUCAGUAAGUAAUCUGGAAUUUGCACAGGGAAUAUGUCUUGCAAAUGCAGUGAAUGUGACCACACCUUCUGUAAUAAAUUAUGUUUUAUAUGUUGCAGACAUUGUGUAAGAAAGAACAUCCUCUGGUACCAGGAUCUAUCUGAUACUAGAAAAGCCGUUAGCAAGAAUCCUCCACACAUUCUAUGUGAGAGCUCAUUUGGGGCAGAAAUGCUAUGGAGGCAGCGGUGGUGGAGGCUACGUCUGUGAGAAUUCAGACUUAUUAAAUAUCCAUGAAAGCCCAGUCCACAGAAAUGCAGCUAUUGUGGGGAACCCGUUUCCUGGAGAUGAGUAUCUCCAUUGCUAUCAAAGAAUUCCCACAGGACCAGAACACGAGGAAAGAAUGUGAUGAUGUUUUCAAUGAUAAGUUGUACCUAAUCACAUGCCAGAGAAGUGUAGAAAGAUAUUAGAGACACUGAAUACAGACAGCAUUUUUAGUAAAAUGUGGAAGAACUCAUAGGAAAGAGAGACCCCUGAAUGCAAUAAAAGAUGGAAAUUCUAUCACCAAACUAACUAAUGUGUCACAAUUUUAUACCUUGGGAAUGAAUCUGGGAAAGACUUCUCUAAUAAAUGAAAUCUUGGGCACCAGGAAUUGCGUUAUGUAGCAAAAACCUAUGAAUAUGAUGAAUGUGGAGAUACGAGUGUAUUAGUUUCUUAUCGCUGCUGUAACAAAUUACCAUAAAUUUGUUGGCUUAAAAUAACAGAGAUGUAUUAUCUUAUAGUUCUGGAGGUCUGAAGUCUGAAAUGCAUCUCACUGGGCUCAGAGCAAGGGGUUGGCAGGACUGCAUUUCUUUCUGGAGGCUCCAGGGAGAACCUGUUCUCUUUGUCCUUCCAGUUUCUAGAAGCUGCCCAAAUCUGUGGCUUGCAGGUCCCUUCCACCUCAAAGCCAGCAAUGGCCAGUCAACUCCUCCAUCACUCUGGCACUGCCUCCUGCCUCCCUCUCCCACAUUUAAGGACCUGUGUGACUACAUUGGGCCCACCCAGAUAAUCCAGGAUAACCUUCCUAUUUAAAAUCAGCUAAUUAGCAACCUUAACUCCACCUAACUACCUUGAUUCUCCCUUGCCUUGUUCUCUGACAUAUUCACAGGGCCUGGAGAUUAAGAUGUGGAUAUCUUUGGGGGGGCCAUUAUCCUGCCUAUUGCAGACCACCAUCUGGCACCCAGUGAUUUGUGUCCAUACCACAUGGAAAAUACAUUCGCUCUAUCCCAGCACCUCCAAAUGUCGCAAACUGUUAACAGCACCAACUCAAAGUCCAAAAAUCCCACCCAAAUCUUAUCAGCUCAGAAGCUCUAAAUCAAGCAUUGGGUGAGGCUCUGCGUACAGAUUGUCCUGAGGCACAAUUCCUCUCUUGACUGUGAGCCCGUGAAACUCCAGAAAUGAGUCACAUGGCCCUAAAAUACCCAAUUGCGUCUUUUACUUCAAAUGCCCUGUGCCCUGUAGGGUAACGUAUUUACAGGUUCUGGGGAUUAGGACAUGAAUGUCUUUGGGAGAUCAUUUUGUCUACCACAAAAACAUUACAUUUCAGAGAAUUCAUACUACAGUAAAUUCCUACCUAGCCAUUAAAUAAAUGUAGAGAAGCAUGUUCUCAGAGAAGUAAUUGUCUUUAGUUAUCAUGGUCCAAAUACAGUAACUUUUUUCCCUGAAAUCAAGGAAUCUUACACUUGUGUCAUUAGAUGUGAUCACCAUGGAAUGCUCUUGAAAUAUGUAAAUCAAGUGAUACACUGGAGAAGAACUAAAUGUUUUAAAGGAACAUGAGAUUUAUGUGCUGCAGAUGUUGCCAAACGUAUGUUUGUAUCUAUUCUGAAAUUGUAUAAAUUAUCCCGUUCUGAGUAUGGUACUCCA